AUGUUUGCAUCAAGUGCAAACAUUCAAUGUACAACCACCCUAAGCUGUCGAGCUCCUCUUCCCCACAUCGUCUUCAUACAUAUCAACAUGGACCAGACUCAUACACGGGCCAUCGAGGCCCUUCAACCAUUCAUCCACCUGGCCCAAUCCAACAGUGCCAGCUCUCCUAGAUUCAUCGCCAAUCUUAUCACAAAUGUCACCUCCAGCCCGCAAACCUAUGUCUUCGCGGAGUUACUCGAGGUGCCCGCCGUUCAGGCACUACGGUCACCAGAGAAUUCACAAGAGUUCGGAGGAUACCUGUUGCUGCUAGAAAUAUUUGCAUAUGGCACCUGGUCAGAAUAUCAAGCGACCCCAGGUCUCCCCAACUUGAGCCCCGAACAAACCCUCAAACUCCGCCUCCUCUCCCUCCUAACUCUUUCCACGAAAAUCAAACCCCUCACCUACUCCACCCUGAUGGACGCCCUCACCAUCCCCACAAAAGCCGAGCUCGAAUCACUGGUGACGACCGCCAUCUACUCAUCCUUGAUCAAAGCUCGCCUCUCGCCCUCCUCCAAUCCACCCUCCGUGAACGUCACAGCCGUCGCCCCACUACGUGACGUGUUGCCAGAAUCCAUUCCCUUGAUGAUCGCUUCUUUGAAGGAGUGGGAUUCGCGUUGCAGUGAGGUUGUGGCGGAUCUCGAGGCGGAGAUUGCGCGCAUCAAGAGCAAUGCUGCUGACCGUGCCGUGAAAAAGCAGGCCAGGCAAGGUGCUCUAGAGGAAGCUCUUAAGAAGCGACAAAAUGGUGGCCCAUGGAGGAGGAACAAGCGGGGUGCUGGUCGCCUUGGGGCCGGAGCUGGUGGGAGUAAGAGGGAUGCCGGGAAUAUUGAGGAGGAUGAUGGCUUCUUCGAGACUGGGGAUGGCGAAGGUGGCUCCCGCAUGGAUAUCGAUGAGGAAUACGGGGCUCGUGGAAGUAAUCGGCAGCCGAAGCGUGUGUUGGGACGCAAGUCCUGA